UCAUCUCUUUCCUCUGUCUUUCCGCUAUCUUCCCUUUCCAGCCAAUAAUGGCAUUGCUCAUGAGCGAUACCGCGAGAAAACUCUACGUAUCGAGGUUGGUGAUUUUAUGGAUGGUGGCGGUGGUGGGUCUCAUAGGAGCGGCGGAGUGCACAGGCUAGGGCACCACGGCCACCAUCACCGGAGUGCCGGCACCGGCUGGCCCGAGUGGGCUGAGGCGGCGGGUGCUGCCGGCUGCCGGGCCCACACGGCGAGCCUGACGGACUUCGGGGCGGUGGGGGACGGCACCACCUCCAACACGCACGUCUUCGCGGCGGCCAUCGCCAACCUCAGCCGCUUUGCCGCCGACGGUGGGGCGACGCUCGUCGUGCCCCCCGGCAAGUGGCUGACGGGGCCUUUCAAUCUCACCAGCAACUUCACCCUCUUCCUCCACCGCGACGCCGAGAUCCUCGCCUCCCAGGACAUGAAUGAAUGGCCAAUCAUUGAUCCCUUGCCCUCUUAUGGGAGAGGAAGGGACUUACCCGGAGGAAGAUACAGCAACUUCAUCAUGGGAUCUCACCUCACUGAUGUAGUCAUCACAGGGGAUAAUGGAACGAUCAACGGGCAGGGGAAAUUCUGGUGGGAUAAGUUCCACAAUGAUCAGCUGAAGUACACUCGUGGUUACCUGCUUGAAAUAAUGUACUCAGACCGUGUCCUUAUUUCCAACGUUACAUUCAAAGACUCUCCCUCAUGGAACCUUCAUCCGGUAUACAGCAGCAAUGUUGUAGUGUCGAACGUCACCGUUCUUGCACCAGUUGACUCUCCAAACACCGACGGGAUUGAUCCAGACUCCUCCUCCAAUGUCCUCAUCGAGGACUGCUUCAUAGUCUCUGGCGAUGAUUGUAUCGCCAUUAAAAGCGGUUGGGACGAGUAUGGAAUUGCUUUCAACAUGCCAACCAAACAUGUAAGCAUCAGAAGGCUCACCUGCAUCUCCCCCUUCAGCGCCAUCAUCGCCCUUGGAAGCGAAAUGUCCGGUGGAAUCCAAGAUGUCAGGGCUGAAGACAUUACAGCCAUCAACACAGAAUCUGGUGUCAGAAUCAAGACAGCUAUCGGAAGGGGAGCAUUCGUGAAGGACAUUUUUGUGAGAGGGAUGACCUUGAACACCAUGAAGUAUGUUUUCUGGAUGACAGGCAAUUAUGGGCAGCACCCUGAUGACAAGUAUGACCCCAAUGCAAUCCCAGUUGUCCAGAAUAUCAGUUACAGCAAUGUGAUCGCCAAGAAUGUCACUAUAGCCGGACACUUGGAAGGAAUUGAGAAGGGGGGACCCUUCACUGGGAUAUGCUUGUCUAACGUUACCAUUGACGUUGCACAGUCGAAGAAGAAGCUGAAGUGGAACUGCACUGAUAUUGAGGGGGUGUCAAGUGCAGUGACUCCUACUCCAUGUGCUUUGCUCAAAGAUCAAGGAACUGGUGCAGCUCCAUGUCCAUUCCCUACAGAUACUUUACCUAUUGAUCCAGUCCAUGACUGCAGAAAGAGUUAAAAACUGCGACAGGGUUGGUGUGAGCUUUGUGUUCCUUGACAUUGUUCCUCCUGCCCAAACAUCAUAUAAGAGCAGAGCGCUUAUGUGCUUUCCAGUUCUUGAUAAUUGGA